UAUCACACUCAUGAUGGUAAUAGUCUUUUUAAAAAAAAUUGUGUUUUAAAGUAUUCCCGAUCAUUCUGUCAAAUCAUUUGGCAGAUACACAGUAACACAAACCAAGUGGAAUGAUGGACGACGGAUCGAGCGGCCAGCAUUUCGUAGAAUGUUCUAUGUGUGGAAGUAAUGUGACUUAUUUCUGUGUUCAGUGUAAUGAGGAUCUUUGUAAAACUUGCGAGGAACAGCACAAAACUCACGAUGUCCUUAUAUACAGAGAGAAAUACGCCACCAUCUACCCAGAGAAGUGCUCCACCCACCCGCAGGAGGAGUAUUCCUACUUUUGUAGGGAGUGCGAGGUAUCGCUCUGUGGGUCCUGUGUCCAGAGCCUUGGGCAUUCAGGGCACCUGCUUGUGGACAUCAAGACGGCUUAUGACGAACAUCGUCAGAAUUACAGACAAUGGUGUUACAGAAUUCGAUCCGAAGAACUCCCUCGCUGCCAGAUCCAGCAAGGCAGAGUCGACGGGGAGCUUGAAGAAAGACGGGCUUUGUUUAGGGAUAUACUAAAUCGCAUUGAGAACCAGGCGGCCAAAUUAAAAUUGCUUAUAACUGAACUUGUUGAUGAAAACAAAAAGGCAUUGGAAGACCUUCAGAGCACUCAGUUAAAUGAUCUUGAAAGAACAAAAAGUGACCUUCUGUCGGACAGUACCCAUCUGAGCGAGAUUUUGGAUGGCUUUGAAAAGUCAGCAAGCUAUCCAGCACGAUUUUUAUCGUACGUAAAAGAACAUCCAAAGCUUGUAUUACGGUGUCCAAAUGUUCCCGAUUUUCCGGUACCUUUUUAUGAACAGAGGGAUUUGAAUGGAGAAGAUAUUUGUAAAUUACUUGGACGUAUUGAAACAAGGGCAUCAAAGCCUACAUCUAGAACCCCUUCUGUGACAUCUGGCAACCCUUCUUUGGCACCGGGGCCUGCAUCUAGAACCUCUUAUAAGACGGCUCUGAGACAGAAAAUAGACGUCCCAGAACUGACCAGUAUACGCCAUAUUUCUCACUUUGGGACGAACCAGGUAUGGGUCAGUGAUUCAAGCAACCUGGUUUGUAAAGACUUGGACACCACAGAGUCAACUCGAAAGUUGUCUGUUUGUGAUGACGGCUAUGGCUGUCAUACGAUAAACGACAAGGGGGAACUUUUCUACAUAGAUACCAACUUAAAUAUUCUCAAAUGGUCAGAGAAAAUGAAGGACAAACUACGCCCUUAUGUCGAGAUAACCAAACCGUGGGUACCAAUGAGUGUCCAUUUCUCACGCCAAACUAACUCACUGUUGGUAGGGAUGGUUGUACCACUGAAAAAAGCCAAAGUGGUUCGGUAUAACGACAGCGGCCAGGAAGUGCAGAGUUUAGAGGAGAACAGAGAAGGGCACGCGCUGUACGAAGCACCUGCUUACAUCACUGACAAUCUGACCGGGGACGUGAUUGUGUCCGACUAUAAGAAGAAGGCUGUGGUAGUGGUGGACAGGGACGGGGGCCACAGGUUCUCCUACAAGGGCCCUGUCCUGGGAUUUCUCCAACUGUUAUGGCCGCGCGGGGUCACGACCGAUAACCAGGCCAAUAUCCUCGUCUCCAACUUCAAUACUCAGAACUGUGUACAUGUUGUGGACAAGGAAGGGCACUUCCUAAAGGUCCUGGAAAUAGACGCCGGCUUACUGAAGCCUUUUGGUCUAAGCUAUGAUUAUUUGAAUGGACUGAUAAUGGCUGGAUCUUGUAAUAGUCAAACACUUCAUGUGCAACAUUAUUUAGCGUAAUUCAUUGUAAAGCUCUGGUCUGUAACACCCCCUCCCCCGUGGGAGGAGGAUCAGGUAGAAUACAUGUUGUCGAGGUU